CUUUGGGCAUCUCGCUCGCUUUUCGACUUGACCUUUCCAGCUCCGACGCCGAUCCCGUCUCAUUUCCUUCUCUUCCGUCCUUUUGGCCGCUCUUGGCUUUCACCGGAUCAAAGUCGGCUUCAGUAUAUAUCGCUCGGUGCUGCUUUUUUUUUCUCCCCUCCCCUUUCUCUACCCCCCUCACCUCAACUGUGUUUGCCGAUGGACUGGACGACUACACGGGCCCUUCGCAUCUAAGUUAUGUUCCUUUCGAGGGCCCUUGCGGCCACUCUUGCCGUCUCGCAGUUCAUCUCAGCCCACUCGACGGACCGGCUACCACUGGGACAUGUUACCCGCAUAGACGACGCAGCCAUCGACGGCGAGUCGGCGGCAGGAAGAGUACACGCCUUCUCCUCCUUCGACCUCUCCUUCGUCCUGCACGACAGCGGGCGCAAGGUCAAGCUCGCCCUCGCACCGAAUCAUGACAUCCUCUCUCGCGAUGCCGUCGUCCAGUACGUCGGCCACGACGGCGUCGUGCGCUCCGUUGAGCCCAUAGAUCGUAUGGACCAUAAGAUCUACCAGGGUAGCGCCUUUGUCCAGAGGCACGGUCGCCACGAUUGGAUCAACGUCGGCUGGGCUCGCAUCAACAUGCGCAGGGACGGUGUCCGCCCGAUAUUCGACGGCUCUUUCAGGAUCGACGGCGACAACCACCACAUCCAGACCGACGAGGCAUACCGCCAGACGCACAUUAGGGGGGAUCCGAAAAUCGACUGGUCGCCCGAGGAUUACAUGGUCGUGUGGCGGGAUUCGGAUAUUGGCCGGGGUUCGUACUCGUACGAUGACGAUGACGACGACGACGACGGCAGCGACGACAAGGCCUACGACCCGAGCCACGGCGAGCUGAAGCGUCGGGAGUUGCGCGCCCGGUCGCCGCUGUGCUCCUCGGACGGGCUGGACUUCAACGCCGAUGCAACGCACCCCAUCUACCAGGGGCUCGACACGCGCUCCGAGGCUGAGCGCGUCGCGGACCUGGAGUCGGACGUGAGCCUGGACCCGUCGUCGCCGCGCCAGCUGCUGGCACGCCAGGACCAGACCAUGACGGGCAACGGUGCGGGCGUCAACCUCGCGGGGUCGGUCGGCUCGACAGCCGGCUGCCCGAUGGCGAGGAAGGUGGCGUUGGUGGGAAUUGCGACCGACUGCACGUACAGCGCGACCUUCAACUCGAGCCAGUCGAUCCGGCAGCACAUCAUCUCCAUGGUCAACACGGCGUCGCAGCUGUACGAGUCGACGUUCAACAUCUCGCUGGGCAUCCAGAACCUCACCAUCAGCGACGCCAACUGCCCGUCCAAGGCUACUGACCAGGCGCCCUGGAACGUGGCGUGCGGCAACGGCGUGACCAUCGCGGACCGUCUCAACCUCUUCUCGGCCUGGCGCGGCCUGUCCAAGGACCGUAACGCGUUCUGGACGCUGCUGUCGACGUGCAACACGGACGCGGCCGUGGGCCUGGCCUGGCUCGGUCAGCUCUGCGUCGAGGGCUCGCAGAAGUCGUCGGCCAGCAACAGCAACGAGACGAUCGCGGGAGCCAACGUGGUGAUCAAGACGGCGCAGGAGUGGCAGGUGUUUGCGCACGAGGUCGGGCACACGUUUGGGGCGGUGCACGACUGCCAGUCCAACACGUGCAGCGACGGCACGUCAACCAAGCAGCAGUGCUGUCCGCUCAGCGGCGACUCGUGCGACGCCAAGGGGCAGUUCAUCAUGAACCCGUCCACAGGCAGCGGCAUCACGCGCUUCUCUCCCUGCACCGUGGGCAACAUCUGCUCAGCCAUGGGCCGCAGCAGCGUCAAGUCGAGCUGCCUGACCAGCAACAAGGACGUGACCACCAUCACAGGCAGCCAGUGCGGCAACGGCAUCGUCGAGCAGGGCGAGGACUGCGACUGCGGUGGGCCCGACGGCUGCAAGGACAACCCGUGCUGCGACGCCAAGACGUGCAAGUUCACCACCGGGUCCAGCUGCGACUUUGCCAACGAGGAGUGCUGCACCCGCCAGUGCAAGUUCUCGUCGGCCGGCACCGUCUGCCGCGCCAGCAUGGGCUCGUGCGACCCGGCCGAGACGUGCAGCGGUAACUCGGGCAUCUGCCCGACCAACAUCUUCGCCCCCAACGGCCAGUCGUGCGGCGACUCGGGCGCCAACCUGGCCUGCGCCUCUGGCCAGUGCACAUCGCGCAACCAGCAGUGCAAGACCCUCAUGGGCUCGCUGACGGCGGGCAACGACACGUACGCCUGCAACAACGCCGGCUGCCAACUCAGCUGCGCCAGCCCCGAGUUCGGCCCCAGCACCUGCUUCACAAUGAUGCAGAACUUCCUUGACGGCACCCCCUGCCAGGGCGGCGGCAAGUGCUCCAACGGCCGCUGCGACGGCUCCUCGUUCGCCAGCGAGGUCGGCACGUGGAUCUUUGAAAACAGGUGGCUCGUCAUCGGCUUGUCGUCGGGCGUCGGCGCCCUGAUCCUGAUCGCCCUAAUCGCCUGCUGCAUCAGCGCCUGCCGCCAGAGAAAGUCGAAGCGCGAAAGGGCCGCUCGAGCCAUCGCCGCCCGCGCUACCAAGCCGCCAGCCGGCUGGGUCGGCCCGCCACCGCCGCGGCGCUCACGCAAGCCGCCGUCGGGAGGCUCGGCAGUUCACGUGAGCGUAUCUGAAGUCCCGGCACCACCCCCCGUGGCAAGCAGGCCGCCGCCAUCAUACGGCAGAAGCAACGAUCCACGCCAACAAUGGCAACAACCGGGUUCCUACAGUGCUCGGUAUGCAUAAGCAACUCGCGAGUUCGCCCCCCCUUUCUUAUCUUGGAUAUUCCCCUCUGCCUCUCAUCCUAGCCAGUCACGUUUCUGCAUGUCGUCUUUUUCUUCUUCUCUUGGUUAGCAUCAUCAUUGCGUCAAUAAUCAUCAUAGUAUCAUACAUUUGCAUCGGGACUGGCGUUUACUUUUUUUCCACUUGUUACCCCUUUUUUUGCUUCCUUGCUUUGUCAUGACUCCUUGUGUCCUUUCUUCAUGUUCUUCUUUGCUUGGGCGGCUACGGUGGUUGAUACCUUUGCAUGUGCAGGCACCAUUCUCAGGGCAGAGAGAUGUGUAUGAUGGAUUAGGCGCUGCCAGGAACCGGCGCUAUUGCCACCAUACCAGGGUCAAGCUCACGUCCCGUUUCAUAUAAGACGAUAUUGGAUACGUACGCUUAGCCAAUGAAAAAAUCACAAUCAUAUGGUGCCAUCAAACUUGUCCGUCUGUGCCAUCUACCACUCUUGUAGGGUCAAUACAGUAAAUAGCAAAG